CAUGUGCACACGCUGUGCCAGCAGACAGUUUCAGCUCUCGGUAACUGAUGCACAGACUGCUGCUGUUUCUCCCUUCCCCUCUUUACUCCCCCUAACAAUUCUCCUUCCUUUCCUGUACUGCCUCUAUUCAUCCCCUCUGUACUUUCCUCUACUUUUUCUCUACUCUGUCAUUCUGCCCGUCACUUUUCCUCAGCCGGAUAUAAAGGCAGGACCUGUUGGAGGGAGAGCGCUUGUGUAAUUUCUGGCUGCACUUGAGCACCCAGAGUUGUUGCUUCAGCUGGAAAGGCAACAAACCAGAGGACCUACAAACAGCUACAGGACAAACUCCGAGUAAAUCUCUGUAAUAAAGAGGAAGAAGGAAUACUUCUGAGAAAAUAAAGGAGAAGAAGGAGGGGGAUGUGCAGAACACAGACCAUGCCAGGCUCUUUGCUGGUGCUCCUGUCCCUGUUGGUCCUCUCCACAGGAAGUGAUGCCAGAAGAAUCAGGAAAAGAGGACUCAACCAUAAGGAUUACGAGUAUCUCAAUCAUCCCCAGUCCACACAGCACCAAAAGAAUGACCGGUGUCCACCGCCGCCCCAGAUGUUACCAGAGCGAGCCUGCGAGGUCCCGGGCUGCCGCUCAGACUCAGAAUGCGAGCGCCACAAACGCUGCUGCUACAACGGCUGCAUCUAUGCCUGCCUGGAGUCUGUGCAGCCACCACCAGUUCUGGACUGGCUGGUGCAGCCCAAGCCUCGAUGGUUGGGGGGUAACGGUUGGCUGCUAGACGGUCCUGAAGAGGUUUUGCAAGCUGAGGCCUGCAGUACUACUGAGGAUGGAGAUGAGCCUCUGCACUGUCCUACGGGCUACGAGUGCCACAUCAUCAAUCCAGGAAACCCAGCCUCUGGCAUCCCUAACAGGGGACAGUGCAUCAAGCAGCGCGGCAACUCUGAUGGACGUAGCUUGAGACACAAAUACUUUAAGGACUACAAGGACUACUUAGGUACCAGCUCUAACAGUGCAGUGGGCUAUGAAAAGCAUCACCACAAGCACCUGGGGUGAAGUCGACUUGAACUCAGCUUCGAGCAUAGCACAACCUCAGACAUCAGUCCAGUCCUGUUUGAUCCGCUCGCAGCUAAACCGGGAUCAGAUCUGACCUUUUUUUAAACUACGCCUCCAGCUGCUACCUCCUCUGCGCAAUGCCCUGUCUCGCAGCCUCUCGUCAGUCACGUGUCCACAGGGAGACGAGUUUCUCACGCUCUCAGCAUGCAUCCAAAGAAAAAAAGCACUUUUGUCCCUCUGUUUGAUGUCAGCAAAAAGGGAGGAGGAGAGGCUUUUGGUGAAGGUAGCGCAAGGUGCAAACUGAAGCUGAUUAGCAAAAUUGUCUGAGCAACCCCGAUUUUUGCAGCCCCCUCCCCCCUCUCUAUAAUUUGUUCCUAUUUUCAUCCACUGCCAUGCUCUCUAUUCUUAAGACUGGUCAGUGGAAAAAAUCAAGACCAUGUGGGCUUCAUUCUUAGCUCUAAAUUCCUCUUCUGAAAUCUGGAAUGUUUUAUGGACAAGAGGAAAAAAAAUCCAGGUGUAGCCGUGAGUCAGCUAAGAAAAUCCAGAUGUUUUAUAUUAUGCGCUAAUAACUCUUAAUUAAAAAAUAAUACCAUGUGAGUAUGUGGAUCAGUAAAUUCAGAACAGCUGCAGGUAUGUACAAGCUAACAGAUGCUGACUGUGACUUGGAAAGCAAAAUAAAGAAAGACAAAACUGUUUAUUUAAGAGGCCUAUUCGAGACGCUCCCCCUGUGAAAAAGAAAACUUAAAUUAACCUACUGAAGGGAAGUGACUCGUUUUGAAAAGACUGAUUUCAUUUACACUUCUUUGACGACUUAUGCAGUAAAUAUGUACCAGUUCAGAACAGUUAUUCAUUAACAUACUAUAUGAGAGACAAUAAUCCCUGCUGCAGUAUACACAUGAUAAAAGAAAGGGAUUUUGCUUCCAUGUAAAUAUUUAAAUGGUGCUUCGGUAAUUGCUGCAUAUAAUAACAGAAGAAUAAGCUGGUCACACGUGAAAGAAAACCACUCUGUGCAGAACUAAAGUGAUGUCUGAAUAUUUCCAUCUGAUUGGUGCUAUGUCGCUGCCUUGAUUAUUCUAAAU